GGUUGUCACUUUGCAGACUGGCUUAAGGCCACACGGGUGAUCCCGAUUGGUGCACGAAAGGCCUGGCCGACUCUGCAAAUCUCGAGGAGGUUCUGGGGACCCAAGACUAGAGCAAAUAAGGAUAGUACUCGCAGUUGCCCGAUUCUAACCUUGGCUCGGUACACGUCGGCACUGCAAGCCCGCAGCUCUGCCUCCAAGCCUCAGUAUUCCCUGUUGGCUCAUAGGCUGCAGCGGAGACCGUUAGGGUUGUGCCGAAGCCACGAACUCUCCAUCCCCCAGCCGCAGCCCGCCAGGAGUCCUCUGGGCGUACAACGCCCUUUUCUGACCGGGAAACUGAGGCCCAGGCGGGCUGCGCGAGGCCGUGGGCGGGGACGGGCUAUGCCCAGGUCUCUCGCCCGUCAUGCCCCGCCCCCACUGCAGAUUCCGGCGGCGGCAACCUGGCCGCUGACAAAUCCACCGCGGAGAUGGAUGGCCUUUGAGGACGUGGCUGUGUACUUCUCCCAGGAGGAGUGGAUGUUCCUGAAUGCCGCCCAGAGGGCCUUGUACCGCCAUGUAAUGCUGGAAAACUUCGCACUUGUAGACUCCAUAGGUAAAGGCCUGAGUUGAGUCCUUCAUUGGAAGCAAAGCUGGGACCAGGACCUUCUGUCUCCCGGCCUCGUGUGAUCAUCCAACUCCAGCGUGGUGAGGAACCCUGGGUUCCCAACAGGACAAAUAGAGGCCCAGGCAGGGGUGCCCACAGGAGAUCCAGCCUUGGAUCCAAUUAUAGUACAAGAGAAAGACAUGUGUCUAGAACACCUCCAGGGGCCACCUGUGACAGGCCUGAUAGGAUACCUACUAGUAUCCUUCCUCCUGCUGGUGCCUACCCUGAUGCAAAAAUUCUGGAGGGACACCAAAGUGCCUGCCCAUCUCUACAGAAAAAACCCACAGGGGUAUCAGUGAUUUACUGGGAGCAACUCCUGCUAGGUUCCAGCAGCAGUGAAGCAACUGUCAGCUUGCGAUUGACUUCUCCAGUAGGGGUUCCUGAAAAUGGUUCAUCUAGAGGGAAGGCCUUCUCUGACUUUCUGGCCCCAGGGAAGCAGCCACGGGUAGCAGAGCAGCGAAAGCCAGAGAUGCAGCUAACCCCUGGGAGAACUUUCCAAAGCAUUCCAGAUCUCCAUGGGGCAGAGGAGGGACGUGGGAUGAGUGAGGCUUGGCAUGAGUCUCAGGGAGACCCCAAUGUUACAGAGGCCCGGAUAUGGGAUGAGCUGGGAGAGGCCCUCCAGGCCGGCCCAGGUCUUCUCUCUGGGGACAAACCUUUCGAAUGUAGGGCGUGCAACAAAGUGUUCGUGAAGAGCUCAGACCUCCUCAAGCAUCUGCGUACUCAUACCGGGGAGCGGCCUUAUGAGUGCGCCCAGUGCGGCAAGGCCUUCAGUCAGACAUCUCACCUGACUCAGCACCAGCGCAUCCAUAGCGGUGAGACGCCUUAUGUGUGCAUGGUGUGCAGCAAGGCCUUCCGACACAGCUCCUCACUGGUGCGCCAUCAGCGCAUCCACACAGUCGAGAAGUCAUUCCACUGCAACGAGUGUGGUAAGGCCUUCAGCCACGGCUCCAACCUCAGUCAGCACCUAAAGAUACACGCAGGAGGGCGGCCCUAUGCCUGCGCACAGUGCGGCCGCCGCUUCUGCCGCAACUCACAUCUUAUUCAGCACGAACGCACGCACACCGGCGAGAAGCCCUAUGCCUGCUCCCUCUGUGGCGCAGCCUUUAGUCAAGGCUCCUCGCUCUUCAAGCACCAGCGUGUGCACACCGGAGAGAAGCCUUUCUCUUGUCCACACUGUGGCCGUGCCUUCAGCCACAGCUCCAACCUCACACAGCAUCAGCUGCUGCACACGGGCGAACGACCCUUCCGCUGCGGCGACUGUGGCAAGGCCUUUGCCAAGGGCGCAGUGUUGCUCAGCCACAGGCGUAUCCACACGGGUGAGAAGCCCUUCGUGUGCACGCAGUGUGGCCGCGCUUUCCGUGAGCGCCCAGCCCUCUUCCAUCACCAAAGGAUCCACACAGGAGAGAAGGCCCUGAGGAGGCCCAGGGGCAGUACGCACCCCCAGGCCAGGUCUCUUGGGGUAUCCUUAGAUGGCGCACCUCCAAAGGCCAGUUCUACCACAGCCCCACCAGCAGUCCCAAAGAUAGCUGAGGCCUAAGGUCACAGCUGUGCCCUUCUCUGAAAUCCCUUUCACUCACUGUGGAAGAGCCUGUGUUCUCAGCAAAUCCACUGUGGUGUGAGGCAGGUACAAGGAAGACUUGCCAGUCAGUUCCAUUUACAGCUAUAUCCUAAAAGAAGCUGUCCUGGAGAGGAAUCCAUAGACUGCAUGAACCCCCCUGGGACUGGUGGAGUAGGCAGGGACUGACCCCGGAACUAAUGUGUGACUCUCAGACUUUGAUCUUCAUGGUAAUGCCACUUCAGUAUUUCCUGACUGUGGCUAUACAAACAGGAAAAGAGCCCGCAAUAGGCAGGAGCUCUCAAAUUAGCAGCUGGAGAUACAACCCCAGUGCAUUCCAUUUCUUUGGUGCAAGCUUCAGGCAAACAAAUGGUUUGUUUCUGUGCCUCAGCCUUCUCCUCUGGGAAAUGAAGAGGGAAGGAGAUUUGGACCAGUAGAGGAUGAUGCUAUAAAAUAUUCUAGCAGCCGGAUAUCGUGACACAUGACUUUAAACCCGGGUCUUGGGAGGCAGAGGCAGGCAUGUCUCUUCUGAGUUGAAGGUCAGCCUGGUCUACAUAGUGAGUUCCAGGUCUCAAUCAGAGUUACACAGUGAAACCCUGUCUAAACAAGGAGUAAAUGUUCUUAUAGGAUCCAGAUAAAGUCCAAGUAGACUCACAGCCAGCCAUGUGCUAGGUGCUGCCCAGUGAGCAGCUUGUGGGUCUUGUAUUGAUUUCUCUGCUUCAAACAAGAAAGCUCAGGUGGCACAGAAGAGUUAGUGUGGCCUAGAGCACAAGGCAGAACCAGGGUUGAACUCAGGUGGACUUCUCCAGUCUCCAUCCAGGCUCGAAGGGCUGGCAUAACCCACCAAUAGGAAAUUGAAGCCUGGAGGGAAGAUGUCCCCCUCAGCUCUGAAAGACAGGUCAGGAAUUCUGGUUCCUCGGCAUCCCCAUCCUCAUGCGGGCCUGUCAUCAGCCACUACCAAAGCCAUGCUAUAUGAGCCCGAACAUCUGAAGUGGUGCUACUGACUUGAGAGGAAAUGAGACAGGGCUGCUUAUUUUUGCUGGGCUUAACCAUCAUGCACCCACCUGUCCCAUCCCAUCCCAUCCCAUCUGAGCCCAAGGUAAAGAACUGAGCAGGGAAGACUUGGUGUUUCCUGUGACUUCUGAGACCCCCGACGCCCAGUGAUAAUGACCCUAAAUGGUGAGGGAGGGCAGAUGGGUGCUUGGGAUUCAGUUUGCUUGUUGCGGCCUUUAGCAGACCAGGUCCCAUGUAGACCUGAGGUCACAGCAACAGGGAAAUGAAUGCCAGUAUUGAAAAGUUAAAACAGAUAUAUACUAUAAUUUCUUACCUAGAUAUGAAAGUCCACACCUCUUGACUCCAGGACAUGUCUCCUGGUUUUUAUUGCUGUUGUUUAUAGUUCAUAUUUAUAUGUGUGGAUACAUGUAUGUAAGGGCAUGCAUACAUGCAUGCGGAAGUCAAAGGACAAUUUUCAGGAAUCAGUUUUCUCCUUCCACCACAUGGGUGCUGGGGAUGAAACUCGAGUUGUAAUGCUUCAUGGUACAAGCUUCUAACCACUGAGCCAUCUUGUUGGCCCUGAUGUUGUUUUGUGACAGGGUCUCAUGUAACCCAGGCUAGCCUUGAACUAUCUCUGUAGCCAAGGCUGGCCGGAACUUCUGAUCUCCUGCCUUUGCCUCCUGAGUGCUGAGGCUAUAGGCAAACAGCUGCAUGCCAAGUUUAUUCAAUGCUGGAGAUUAAACCUUGUGCCUGUUUAGCAAGCACUCCACCAACUGAACUAUGUCCUUCUACCUCAGCUUUGGGUUUUAAUUAGUUCAAAGAACUAGGCUUGGUGUGGCAUGCCUGAAAUCCCCACGAUCAGGAGUUCGAGGGGGCAAUUCAAGGAUAGUUUGAGGCCUUGUGUUUUGUCUCAAGUCAGGGUUUCUCUGUGUAGCCCUGAUCAUCUUGGAACAGGAUGCAGCUCUGUAGACCAGGCUGGCCUUGAAUUCAGAGAAAUCCACCUGCUUCUGCCUCCCAACACUGGGAUGAAAGGCCUACGCCAUCACAGCCCAGCACUGAAACCCCUAUCUUAAAAAAAGAAAAAGCUGAGUUGAGAUACACCUGUAUGAACAAUAAUAUUGUUUUUUACCUUAAAACAAAGCAGAUGAUAUUAAAUGGAUGUGCAGAGACAUGC